AUGGACGCAGCCCAUCGAACUCAGGACUCAAAACAACCACUACAACAUGUGCCCAAACUUCUGCCCGAAAAUCCACGCCGCCGGAUGUCCCGAACGCACUGUCUUCUCGCUCCACGGCCGUAUGAAGACAUUUACCACGAGCGGGCCUACCUGACCACGUACCUGCAGCAGAAGACGCGGCGGAUCGAAGGUCUCAUCAAGGAAUACUCGCAGACGCAGGCGGAGCUGCAGGCCGGCGCCGAGGGCAAGACGCGGCGAAGACUACGGAAGCUCUUGAACCUGCUGCGGUGCAAGCUGGACGAGGCGUCGGAGCAGGAGCGGGCCAUCUUUAGCCGGCUGGGCGAGCUCUAUAUGGAGUUGAACAGCAGAGAUACGUGGGAACGAGCGCGGAAGCCACAGCCUUCGAUACAAGAGGAUGGCAGUCAAGUCGGGCUAGUAGGGGAGUCCCCCACCACAUCCGUGACGCCGGUGACGCCCUGUCCAAGCUUUGCCUCGUCGGACUGGAGCGUCGCCAGCUCGGCUGCGCUCGCCUCUCCCGUCCUUGCACCCGAUCCGACCUUCGCAGACGCCGCCCAAGUACACGAAUACCACGAUCUGUACACGCUGCCCAGAUGCCUGGCAUCGGAAUACCUUGAGACGGUGCCGGAGGAGCUGGAGAGUGCGGUGAAGACACCUCCAGCGCUGCGGGAGCCCACCGAGGAUGAUGGAAGCCCCCCGAUGACGCCGCCGCCGUGGCAGGGACUCAAUAGAGAGCCUGAGUUCGGAACCUUGGAGUACGAGUACGAGCAGUACGAAUCUCUAGAGAACGACGAGGGCAGGAGAAGCGCCGACGACGGGACAAGUGGUAGCCUGCCCUUGAAAAGCCUUGCCAAAAGACCCAGCCUGCCGGUGAUGCAGUUUUUCUGGCCAGAUGUAUAA